AUGGAUUUUAAUUUGAAAAAAAUUGCAAGCGAUGCUAGUGGGUUUUUUAGUCGAGCGAAACAGUUUACGGAAGAAACGUUUUUGAAAGCAGAAAAAACUGAACUCGAUGCGCAUUUUGAAAAUCUCCUGCAACGAGCGGAUAAAACAGAAGAACAUACAAAACGAUUGUUAUCCGCAUUGGAAAGUUAUUUACAACCAAAUCCAACUAUACGCAUGGAAGAUGUUUUUUAUGAAAAAUUAGAAUUGCGAAAGGAUAAUAAUCGAAUGAAUAAUUUGGAAUAUCUUGGACAAGUUAUGAAUGAAGCAGGAAUCGAAUUUGGUGCUGGUACGCCAUAUGGUAGUGCUUUGCUUAAAGUUUCACAAGCAGAAUUUAAAGUUGGUGCUGCUGAACGUGACUUAAUAAAUAGCUGUGCUAAUAACGCUUUGUUUCCAAUUCGUCGAUUUCUUGAGGGAGACAUGAAAACAAUACAGCGCGAACGUAAAGUAUUAAAUACGAAACGAUUAGAUUUGGAUGCUGCGAAAAGUAGAUUACGCAAAGCAAAAUCAGUGGAGGCUCAAACUAAUGCAGAAGCUGAUCUUCGAGUCGCCCAAGCGGCUUUUGAUAAGCAGGCUGAAAUAACAAAAUUAUUGUUGGAAGGGAUACAAACAGCUCAUAAUAAUCAUUUGAAAUGUAUCCGUGACUUUGUUGAAGCACAAGUGUCGUUCUAUGCUCAAGCGCAUCAGCAUAUGGCCGAUUUACAACGUGAAUUAUCAGGGUAA